ACCUUGUUAAUAAGAUGGAGGAGUGAACAGGGGUUAAAACGGGAAUGCCUUGGAGUUGGGGUCCCCUUGGGAAUGAGGGAAUUCCUUGGAAUUGGGGGGUUUGGAGUGAGGAGACUCUUGUUAACAGGAUGGGGAGUGAGCAGGGGUUAAAAAGGGAAUUUUGGAGUUGGGUUCCCCUUGGGAAUGAGGAAAUUCCUUGGAAUUGAGGGGUUGGCAUUGAGGGCUCCUUUGGCGUGAUGGGAGCCUUGGAAUAAUUUCUUAGGAUGAGGGGCUCCAAGAGGAGGCACCUGACAGCCCCAGAGUGCCAAGCUCUGGCUCAGAGCAGCGAGGGUUUGUCCCCCCUGAGGCAGCCCCUGAGCCUGGGCCGAGGCAGAGGAGGGGGAAAAAGGAGCCUUCAUCCCACCCACAGCACACAGAGACAUCCCAGAGCCCCAAGCCAGCAGAGGAACAUCCUGGAUUUCUUUGGGAUCCCAAACCCCCAAGUGCAACCUGCAGGGAUGCAGAGCUGUGGGAUCAAGGAGGAACCUCUGGAUCCCUUUUCCCUUGGAUCUCCCCAUUCCAGCAGCAAUUCCUCACUUUUCCUGCAUUCCCAGGACUUUGUGCCAGCUCCCAGGAAAAGAACUCUUCCAGCUCCAAGCUCAGGAAUUCCCAACCCAGAGCAGCACCUGGGGGAGGAAACUGAGGAGAAAAUUCCCAAAGUGAGUGGGAUCAAGCAGGAAUGGGAAGAGCUGGAGGUGGAGCCUCUUCCAGAUUCCCACUUUGGGCUCCUGGGCACUCGGAACUGGGAAAUCCCUCAGGGAUCCAUGGAUGAUCUUCCUGCUGAAAUCCUCAGGAAUAUUUUUGCCUUCCUGCCAGUGCUGGAUCUGUACCAGAACCUGAGCCUGGUGUGUCACUACUGGAGGGAAAUAAUUCGGGAUCCACAGUUUAUUCCUUGGAAAAAGCUCUACCACCACUACCUGAGGGGGGAGGAGGGGGCCCUGCAGAGAGUUGAGCAGAUCCUGCAGGAAUUUUCCAUCACCAGGGAGCAGCAGGGAUGUGUGCUGGGGCUGGUCAGGUUGGUGGCAUCCACAGGAGCCAAGGUGGAUCCCGGUGGGGUUCUCCAGAUUUUGGGAACUCAUCCCCUCUUCCCAAAGGCUCAACUCUGUGUCCUCAACAAAUUCCCAGAUUUGCACAGCAAGCCUGGGGCUGAGAAGCUGUGGGCAGUGGUUGCAGUCAUGGUGCUGUUCUCUGGCAGUGUUGGUGACAUCCGGAGGCUGCUGGGGUGUUUUGGGAGCCCCCAGUGCAGGCUGGGCGUGCAGGAGGUGACAGAGGUGCUGCACUGCAUGGCCACACUGCUCUGUGCCAUGAGGGACAGGGGCAUCCCCAUCUGCAGCAGGAUUCACUACAAUAUUUUUUACUGUUUGUCUCUGAUGGAAAAUGCCUCUGGAAUUGUGCAGCCUCUGGGAGAGGGAAGAGUGAAUUUGGGUUCCAGUGGAGGGGCUGAUGUCAAACUGACCCAUGAGCAGCAGAGGAUUUUGAAUCACAAAAUUGAACCUGGCCAAACAGUGAAAAUCAUGGCAUUUGCAGGCACAGGGAAAACCUCAACCUUGGUUAAGUAUGCAGAGAAAUUCCAGGAGCUGAAAUUCCUGUAUCUGACUUUUAACAAAUCUGCAGCAGAGAAAGGCAAAAAGGUUUUUCCAAGGAAUGUCACGUGCAAGACCUUCCACUCCUUGGCUUUUGGAAGCAUUGGGAGACACUACAGAGACAAAGGCAAGCUGAACUUCUCCAAGCUGUCAGUUUAUUCCAUCAGCUUCCUCCUCCAGAACAGGAAAGGCCAGUCCUUGUUUAUAAGAGGGAAAAUGGUGUCCCAGACCUUGGAAAAUUUCUUUUCCUCCUCAGAUGAGGAGAUCUGUGAGGAGCACACACCCCUGUGGUUCAGAAACAGCAAUGGGCAGAUGGAGCUCAUGAGCAGAGAGGAAAAGAGAAUCAGUGUGGAAGAGGCCAAAGAGAUUUGGCACAACAUGAAGCAGCUGGAUGGAGAUGCAGAGAAGAGAUACAAGAUGACUUGUGAUGGUACAAAAAGCUGGAAAAUCCUGGGCAAAAAUGGGAUUUGGGCUGGAAAAAUCAAUAUAUUGAUUAUUCCUGCUCUACCUGAGCAUCCAGAAAGAGAAAAAUCCCUUUUUUGGAACAUUGCUGGCAAUCCCAUAAUUCCAUACAGAGCAUAUCUUUUUGUAGAUUCCCAAAAUUUCCCAGCUGAUUCCGGGAUUUUUUCCGUGCAGAGUUUCCGCUUCGGGCCCGAGAUCGCCUACGUGGGAUCCGCCAUCCUGGAUGUGUGCAAAGGGAUCCGGGGGAAAACCCUGCUGGGAGGGAGCCAGCACGGCCACGUGGGGGGCGCCCGGCUGGGGUCGGUGGCUCUGCUGUCCCGCAGCAACCUGAACGUGUUUGAGGACGCCGUGGAAUUGUCUGGGAGGGACCCCCCGGCCAAAAUCCACAUCAUUGGGGUGAGGCCCGCUCCAAUUCCCAGGAUUUCAGUCAAUAUUCCAGAAAAAACAGGAAUUUUCAGGAAAAAACUGGAAUUUUUUAUAACAAAUCUGGAGAUUGAGGAUUCUUUCAUUAAGAAGUGGGAGGAGUCCGAGGGCUUCGUGGGGCUGAAGGAAUUCGCGCUGCGCGUGGACGACAGGGACCUGCAGGGCAAAAUCUGCAUCGUGGAGAGGCACAGGGACAGCAUCCCCCAGCUGCUGAGCAGGAUCAAGGGCUGCCACGUGGGCCAGGAGGGCCUGGCAGAUUUCCUGAUGGGCACCGUGCACCAAGCCAAGGGCCUGGAAUUCGACACCGUCUGUGUUGCUGAUGAUUUUGUGCAAAUCCCUUCUCCUGUCACUGGGGCCCUGCUGAGGAGGAUGAACGUGGCUCUGGGCAGGAGUGCUGAGGAUGAGUGGAACCUGCUCUACGUGGCUGUGACCAGAGCCAAGAGGUGCCUGCUGCUGUCCAGAUCCCUGGAAAACCUCCUGACUCUGGCUGGAGAGCGUUUCCUGCGGGUGGAGCUGCUGAGUGAGGCUGGGAAGGACAAGGACAGAGCUGCUGUCACCUGUUGUGUGUCAGGAUGUACAAAUUCCCAGGAAUUCAGCUCUGGGCUGGUGGUGAAGAAGCUCCCAUUGACUCAUAGCGAUGGCAGCCAGGAUCCAGGGGGAUUCCUGUGCCAGGCUUGCACCCAGCAGUUCUUUGGCUGCCUGACUCCACUCAUCUGUGUCCCAGAAAUCAAGGAAAAGCACAUCCAGCUCUAACCAAGCCCUCCAGCUUCCCAGAGCCAUCCUGGAUGUGGGACAAAUCCUCUUGCACAUCCCAGCAGCAAAAUCAGGCAGAUGUUGGAGCAGGAUUUCAGCCCACCUCCAAAAUCAGGCAGAUGUUGGAGCAGGAUUUCAGCCCAGCUUCAGAUUCCAAUGGAUGUUGCAGCAGAAUUUCAGCCCAGCUCCAAAUUCCAGGUGGAUUUUGGAACAGGAUGAACCCAGCUCUAAAAUCAGACAAAUGUUGGAGCAGGAUUUCAGCCCAGCUCCAAAUUGCAGGUGGAUGUUGGAGCAUGAUUUCAGCCCAGCUCUAAAAUCAGGCAAAUGUUGGAGCAGGAUUUCAACUCAGCUCCAAAUUCCAGGUGGAUUUUGGAGCAAGAUGCUCCCAGCUCCAAAUUCCAGUGGAUGCUGGAGCAGGAUUUCAGUCCAGCUCCAAAUUCCAGUGGAUGCUGGAGCAGGAUUUCAGUCCAGCUCCAAAUUCCAGUGGAUGCUGGAGCAGGAUUUCAGUCCAGCUCCAAAUUCCAGUGGAUGCUGGAGCAGGAUUUCAGUCCAGCUCCAAAUUCCAGUGGAUGCUGGAGCAGGAUUUCAGUCCAGCUCCAAAUUCCAGUGGAUGCUGGAGCAGGAUUUCAGUCCAGCUCCAAAUUCCAGUGGAUGCUGGAGCAGGAUUUCAGUCCAGCUCCAAAUUCCAGUGGAUGCUGGAGCAGGAUUUCAGUCCAGCUCCAAAUUCCAGGCAGAUGUUGGAGCAGGAUUUCAGCCCAGCUCGAAAUUCCAGGUGGAUUUUAGAGCAGGAUGUUCCCAGCUCCAAAUUCCAGCUGUAUUUUGGAGCAGGAUAUUCCCAGCUCCAGAGGAGCUCCCAGGCUCCCUGGGAAUUCUGUGAUUCCUUUCCUCCAGCCCUGCCUCAUCCUCCAGGAGCUGGGAAUGGGAUAUCCAGAGGGAUCUGCACUUUAGCAAUGGGAUCAGACAGAACAGGAUUCAUUUUGGAGCAUUCCCCCUCUUCCCCCUCUCACCAGUGUCCAAACUUCCUGAAUCAUUCCUGGAAAUCCCUCUGAUCCACUGGAAAAAGAGGAAACACAAUGCUGGAAAGUAUCCAAAAGAAGUUAUGUCUUGGAAAUGAAGUGUUCCUGCCCAGCCAUGGGAGGAAAUCAUAAAUCUCUUGCAGAGAAUUAAUUUUGCAUCCUUGCAGCCAAGGGAUUUCCCUGGACUCUUUCCCUUCUCCCUGCAGCCAACCAGGAGUCAAGAAAUGAGGCAGCAGCAGAAAAAUUCCUUUGCUUUGGUUUCAGCCCAACUCAGGGACAAACUGGAGGGGGAUUUCCAAUCCUAAAAUUAAACUUGUAGGCAAAAAAAAGCCUGAACACUUCCUUUGUGUCUCUUCCCUGCCCUUAAAUAUCCUUUAUUUCCCAGCCCUCCUGGGAAUGCGCAGGUGGAUCAUACUCUCCCUGCCUCGUGCCACAAUUCCAGAGCUGUUUUCCAUGGGAAAUCAAAACUGAAAGUGGUUGCAGAAAGGGGAAUGGACACUGCCUGGAGCUGUGGGCUGUGCCUGCUGCAGGAAUCUCAGGCAUCCUGCUUUUUUCCCAUUCAUGGAGCUGCACUUUUGAUUCCAGGAAUGUAUUCCCUUGUGGGAAUUCCCCCAAAUUCUUGGAUCUGGGUGGAAUCACAAAGCCAGGAGUGAAUUGGAUCAGCCCAGAUCAGAGGCACCAACAGGACAAGAGCAGCCAGGAGAAGGAAUUCCAUGGAAUUUGGAUCCCUACUUCUUCCCAAGGUUUUUGAGAACUGGCAGCUGCCACUGUGCCAACACCUCCAGUGGGAAUGUCCUUGGUGUUCUGGGGAUGGAUCCAUCUCAAUCCAGUCCUUCCCUGAGACAUCCAGUUAAAGAAUCUACUGC